GUCACGGUGGUUGAGGGAAACAGCAAGAUUCGAUUUCAGGAUUCAGUCGAAAGCGAAAACUCGUGGAGCGUGUGGUUUUCGUCGGGUGCCGCUGAGCUGCUGCUAUUUGGUAUUGCCUUCAAUUACAAGCGGCGAAGAUCGCUGUCGUCGUGAGGGGCGAAGAGAUACGGGAGGGGAACCGUGACGCUCACGCGUAACUACGUAGUACGGAAUUUUGACUUAUAUUUAUUGGUUCGUUCAUUUUUAACACGUUGCUAGGAUCCGUGUGAUAGUUCGGCGAUAAAUGCCGAAACAAAACACGGGACGUGAGGCAUAGUUUUAUAACAAUAAACUUGACUAUCAGUAAUAUACUUGGAAUUUUUAAAAUCAGAUGUCAUUCGACUGCUGCGGCGACGGUCUGUCCGCUGGUUCUACGUUUCGAGCCACGCUGGCAGCGUUGAAUAAGGCCUUUAAAAACAUCGCCGAAGACAUAUCCCGGCCCCCAGUCGACCCUGCGGCGAACAUUCCUGGUGAUUUUCUUACAUUUUUUUAUUCAAUAAUACUAUUACUCUGUGUAUUUCUUUCGACGAUCGUUUAUUGGCCAACUCUACGUGCAUUCGGGGAACGUAAACAAAAUCUCAUUGGUCCCGAGUCACGAGGCGGCAAAGUUCACGGAAAUCAUAAUGCUGCACUCUUCUCAUCGUCGUCGUCUGCUUCUACUCCCGCUGCCGCUGCUGCCUCUGAUGAUGGUGAUAGCAACGAUGAUAGUGAUGCUGCAGCUACUCGAGGAUAAACACGUAUAGAAGGGGGAAAGUAAAUGCAACGAAUGAAAGUGAUAUACAAGGUUGAAACAGCACCUGUACCCGGGGACGCCGCCCCCCUCGUUAAUUAUACACAGUUUUGUUGUGACGGUGAACAUCGAUCCACGAUAUCAUCAUAAAGAGUCCUCGUCAUAGCGAUCGUCAUCGUCGUCGGGGCAGCGGUUGUUGUUCCAGACUCUCGAUAUCGAGAAACCGGAACCUCCGCAGCCUAUGCAGGUGUCAAUCCAGAAAAGGAGAAGAAAGAGCUGUUCGCUUCAAUUUUGCUUUCGUCCGAUCCGGGACCCGACAUCUGUAUUGAAAUAACCCGAACGACCCUUAGACUGCAGCGCGCGCGUAAUACGAGACAGAAGAAGAAGAAGAAGAAAAAGAAGGAGAAGAAGAAAAAGGUUGUCCAGGGGGGUCGGUUCGAAUUUCGAUCGCAACGGAAUUAUGACCGAGCGGAUGUCGGAUCCGAGGGACACCGGUGUCGGGGGUUAACGAAAUUCGCCUUCCAGCUCCGACCCCACGGGGAGGUGGUUUAGUCGAGGACCUUCAUAUUAGCGGUUGCUGCGAAAAGAGAAAAAUUAAAUAAGACAAAUAAGAGGAGAGAAAAAAAGAAGGAAAUUGUCAUAUUCCCAUACAGUUUUCUGCAACGAUAAUAACGUUCUGGACGCGAAGAAAACGAAAAAAGCGGGUGAAAAAUGGCGGGCGAAGAUACUCAGAUACUGGCGAACGAGACGGUGGAUAAUCUGACGAUAAUAUCGUCGCCGAAUUCAAAACUCCUAUGCGGGCCCGGUAACGGGGUCAUAUGCAACGGGGUCACCAAGCACAACAACAACGGACUAGUGGCGAAUGGAAAAAAUAUCGAAAUCGUUUCGAACGGUAAGAGGAACCCGUCUGAAAAAAAUCCGAACGGAACAACCCUCGAUUUCGACGAUCAGGACGUGAUCUGCGGGUGGGGGCCGUGCACCCCGAAAUGGCUGCAACGAUUCGCUUCGAAACAGGUCUUCCUCGUCAUAUUCUGCAUCACUUGGGUGCUUCAGGGAAUGUAUUACACGUAUUUCGUCUCGGUGAUAACGACGAUCGAAAAAUUAUUUCAAAUACAGUCGAAAACUACGGGUAUAAUAAUGUCCGCCACCGAGAUAGGUCAGAUAGGAUCCUCGCUGCUUUUGACCUACUACGGUGGUCAGGGUCACAGGCCUAAAUGGAUCGCGUGGGGGAUGGUUUUGUUCGCCGUGAGUUCGUUCAGCUGUUCGAUGCCCCAUUUCAUCUUCGGCGAUCAACUCAUCAGGCAAAACGAGAUGCUAUUCAGCGGCGUAUCCGGUGGCAACAAAUUGAACGCCAGUUAUCCGGUACCCGCUAAUCUCUGCAAACUUCAAGACCACUGGGAAAACAUCACCACGAAUCCAAACAAGUGGCUGACGACUACACCCGCAGCGGCGGUUGACUCACACUCGAACUCUUGCAAGGAAGAAUUUCUCGAGGAGAGAAGAAUACACAGUAAAAUCACCACGAUUGUACUGGCGAUAUUUUUCGUUUCCUUGCUGGGCGUCGGAAUGGGACAAACCGCGGUUUACACGUUGGGGAUUCCUUACAUAGACGACAACGUAGCCAACAGAGAGAGCCCCUUGUACUUUGCCAUUACGAUCGGGGUGAGGAUUCUCGGUCCUGCGCUCGGAUUCAUUCUCGGAUCGUUGUGCACGAUGAUAUACGCGGAUUUGUCGGCGAAUCCGCAGAUCACUCCCUCGGAUCCACGGUGGGUGGGCGCUUGGUGGCUCGGAUUGGUUCUCGUCUCGGCGAUGCUGAUGCUCGCGAGUGUGGCCAUGUUCGCAUUUCCCGGUCGGCUACCUUCCGGCAAAACUUUGCCCAAGAGGGACGAGUCCACCAAACCUAGUUUGAAAGAUUUUCCGAAGGCGGUGAAGCGGCUGCUGAAAAAUGACAUUCUCAUGUUCAGAACCGCCAGCAGCGUUCUUCACAUCCUGCCCAUCGCCGGUCUCUAUACUUUUCUACCGAAAUACCUCGAAAGCCAAUUCCGGCUUCCGGCUCAUCACGCAAACAUGAUCUCAGGAGUCGGAGGCAUUCUCGUUAUGGGAUUGGGAAUCGUCAUGAGUGGCGUUUUUAUCCUCAAGAUAAAACCGAACGCCAGAUUCGUCGCAGGCUGGAUAGCUUUUACUGCGAUCGCUUAUGCAUUGGGAAUGGGCACCCUCAUGUUCGUCGGAUGUCCUAUGGACGAUUUUGCCGGACUACAGUUACAUUCCAAAAAAACCUUCGAUACCGAAGUAUUCAGGCUGUCCAGUUUUCAGCCGACUUGUGACACCACUUGCGAAUGCGAUCGUAAUAAAUUCAACCCAAUUUGUGGCGCUGACGGGAAGACUUACUUCUCAGCCUGUCACGCCGGGUGCUCCAAUUACACGGUGGAGAACGGGAAGAUAGCCUCGUACUCGGACUGCCAGUGCAUAGGACAGAAUUCAACGUCUACGAACAAUGUGCUGGACACGGCAACCAUCGGCUACUGUAAGCCCGAGUGCAACAACUUUUGGAUAUACAUGAUACUUUUUUCUACGUUCGUUUUCAUCCACUCUACGAGUGAAGUCGGAUCGAUGCUGCUGAUAUUGCGAUGCGUAGAUCCCAGGGACAAAGCGAUGGCUCUGGGACUCAUACAGUUCGCGAUAGGUCUUUUCGGUAACGUUCCCUGUCCGAUCGUUUACGGUGCAGUCGUUGACUCGGCCUGUUUGGUUUGGGACGCCGCAUGCGGAGAACGAGGUGCCUGUUGGUUAUACGAUUCAAAUAUAUUCAGAAUGUUUUAUCACGGGACAACCGGGGGCAUAUUGUUAUGCGCUUUCGUUAUGGACAUCGUCGUUUGGUACAAAGCUGGCAGCAUAAGUUUCAGCGAUGAAAAUGAGGAAGGAACUGUCGAGGAGAUGGUGAAUCUGAAGAGAUCGGAUCGACGACAAACCGAGAACGAAUACCUGUAGAUAUUGAUUUCAUUUUUACUAUUUCGUAACUUUGAUCGUAGGUUUUUGGUAUUUUUUUUUUUUUUUCCUGUUUUUUUUUUUCCUUUCAAAACAAUAAGAUACGAAGCAGUACGACAGAUCGGCCACAAAUAAUAGAAUCAUACGAUUCUCGUGUGAACCCGAUUUUGAGGGAAGAGGAAGAAGAAGAAAGAAAAUGGUUAAACUCGAGCGUGAAAUUUUUCUCAUUGUAAUCCCAUCUCCGACUGGGAAUCAAUCAAUCAAUCAAUUAAUCAAUCAAUCAAUCAUUCAAUCAAUUGCUUAUACGAUUCAACAGUCGGUCCGAAUCUCGAUAUUUUUUUUUACGUAAUAUCGGAAUUUCGUCUAUACUGUCGCAGGUGAGUUACUCGACAAGUUGCGAAUCGUUGUAACGAGUACGCGUUUCCGAUUGAAAAGAGAUAUUUAGACGCGUUGUAUUGGCCGUCAUAGGAUUAAAUAUUAACGAUAGGUGGUAAGUCGGUGCUCGUAGUGAGAAACUGGAACUCAACUCGUCGUUUACUUCCUUUUUUUUUUUUUUCUUCUUUUUGCUUACGUUAUCACGUACAGCCGAUUACUCGGUAUUUCCCGCAUUUUAUGUACGAGUCUCAUUAUGAUUUAAUAACUUCGCUCCGAGUGUAGUUUAGAAAGUAUUUAGAAAUUGAUGAAAAAAAAAAGAUUCAUUGCUUUUAUCGUAGGAUUGGACUGUACACGUAAGUUAAUUUAGAAUGCGCGAUCUCGCGGUUCACGUAUAUAAAUAAGUUGCCAUAAAAUAGGGUAUGUAAUAUAUAAUAAUUGUAAAUAAUCUUAUCCCUCGCGUUAUUUGAUAAAAAUAAUGCGUGGCUCAUGCGGACUGACUAUAAACGCUCGAUGAUGAAGAAUGUUAAUGAAAUAAAAUGAUUGAAAAAACGAGGAAGGAACGAUAUGACAAAGGAAAAAAAAGUAAUAUCAAAGAUCGGAAGAAGAUGAGAGAGAGAAAAAAAAAAUCUCCGCAAACUGCAGGUUUACAGCUGUCAGUUUAUUAAUCACAUCACAAAAAAAAAAAAAACAAAUAAAUAUACCGAUAAUUGUAUACUGCACCAUUAGUAAAGCAAAAGUAAAGAAAAGAAAAAAACGAAAAAAAAAAAAAUUAUGAAUAAAUAAAUGAAUAGAUGAAUAGAUAAAUAAAUAAAUAAAUGACUGAAAGUUGAAAUCGACUAUAGGUAUAUUUUAGGACCGCGUGACUUCAUUGUCUUUUACGUUAAUUAAUCGGACAGAGAAAGAAAAAAAGUCACGUCAAUCUCAGUGGAUGCUAAUUUUUUAUUCGCUAAUAUAAUACGAUUGUCUUAUUCUUACUAUUAUUAUUAUUACGGUUUUUUUUUUAAUUAUUUUUCUUUUUCGUUUAUUUCCGCUCACCCCAAAACGAUAUGUAAAUUAUAUAUACAUAUGUGCACUGCGCCGUUAUAUGCAUGUAUCAUGUGGGUAUAUACGUGCAUCGCAAUGUGUGCACACCUAUUAUAGUCGUUAUUUUAUUAUUAUUUUAUUUUUUUUUUUAACUUUAUUUUUACAAUUAAGAUAUCGUUAAAUAAUCGCAAGUAUAUCUUUCAGAUCUUGCCUCAACCCGAUAUACAUAACGGAUGAUCCGAUUAGUUUUUUUUUUUUUAAUUUUCUUCGUAAAUUAAAUAACGGCGACGACGCAUGUGUGAGAAAGAUCGAGAGAGUUUUAUGAAAUCGACUGAAAGAACCGUAUCCAACUAUAGAAUCACAUUUUUAUUUUAAUCAUUUCUGUUUUUUUUCUUUCUUUUAAUUGAUUUUAAUUUUUUUUUUUUCUUUUUCUUUCAAUUGUGCGGAGCGUGCAUCGUAUUGUCCUCACACAUUUUAUCGUCACGACACGAUGUAAAGAAUUUUUCUACAAAAUAUUAACGAAAAGAAAGCUGGGUCGACGAUAAAUAAAUAGCUAAUAAGAGAAAAUCAGGCGCUACAGAUAUUUUUUUAACGAUCGAACGAAAGAUGAUAAAUGUAAAAAUUGUCAAUGAAAAGAAUUGGAGGAAGAAAAAGAGCAUGUGUUAAUCGUAAGUCAUUGAAAGAAAGAAAAAACUAGAAAAAAAAAAAAAAAAACUGUAUUUUAAUAUGGGACAUUUUUUACAAUACUCGAUGCAUUACCUCGAAAAUUCCGUCUCUCUGUACCGUCAGCUUUGCAGAGUUUUCGGUUUGCAUAUUAUAAUUGUAUAAAUAUAAUUGAAAAACCAGCAUCAUUGCCUGCAUUUAGCGUGUUAUCAAUUGAAUAAUAAUAUUUGGAGUAAAAAAAAAAAAAAUUAGAAAUCCUAGACUCGGUGACAGCGUAAAUAUUGAUAACAGAACGCGAAUAUCGUUUGCCUGACUAUCUCUGCGAUACCGAGGUGAAGGUAUAGUUUGGAGGAAAUAUAAAAUAAAAAGGAUUAUAUCGAAGGAGCAAAAGAAGAGGUAUAUAUACAGAAAACGCAUUUAGAUUUUUUCGUUUGGAAUAAUCCCCGUAAUUGUUGCCAUUACGUGAAAAUCGUGUAUCAUACGUUACGGAAUUACAAUUAUACAUGAAAUAUUCAGUAGAUAUAACGACGAUAAAAGUAUAGCAUCCACGAAUCGUUAAUAAAUAUUCAGGGGCAUUAUUAUUAUACUAGAUAAUAAUAUUGAUUGCAGGUAUUUUCGUAAUAAAAGAAAAUUUUCAAUUAUUAUACAUAUUAUACUUGCGAUUUUAUCAAUGAGUAUUAACGAUUAAUUUUGUACAUAAUUUCGACUCGUGUACACGUAUAAUUUUAUUUUUUUAAUAGACUUUUUUCUCCCAGCCAAAACAAUCGGGUAGCGUGAUCGAUACGAAACACGAUAGACGUAACGCGGAUGAGAAUGAGAAAUUCUCGAAGGCCGCGGUAUCCCGAUAGGAUUUUUAUAUUUUCAAACUACAAUCAUUCGAUAAAUCACAAUUCGUUCGCCUGUGCGAUACAAUUAUUCAUCGGUUACAGUUACGAAUAAUACUUACACGUGUAAAACAUUGUAUACAUAAGUACGUCACAGAUAUACUAUAUAUAUAUAUAUAUAUAUAUAUAUAUUUACUUUCUCCGCAACAACACAACAAUCGCGUAGGUAAUGUUGUAAUUACGAAACGAAAAAAAUAAUAUUUUAACACGGGUACGUGACUAUUAAUUAAAUAGUAGACGGAGAACACGAUUCAACGAUAUAAUAACGGAAACAAUGAUCGUAUAAAUAUAUUUUUUACGGCGAACAGAUCUUUUUUCCGACACCGAGAUAGAAGAAGAUAAUAAUAAAAUAAAAUAAGUAACGAUGUCUAAUCAAUUGAUCGUCUAUCGCGAAACCGUUAUAUAUGUAUAAAAUAUCGUCGGACGUAAUAUAGAGAUACUCAAAUGAUAAAUAUGUAUAGGUGCGUGAAAACCGGCGCGUGAAUUUUUCUCAUUGUAAAUUCCGUAGAUUUAAAAGUUUGAGGAAAUCUACGACCGAUCGUAAUCACCCGUACGAUAAUAUUGCAUAAUUUUCAUCGGAGUUUAUCGUGGCGUUUUUUUAACAACGAUAUAACAAUGACGAUUUUAUCGAACCGUUGAACAUGUAUGAUAUAAAGUUUGUAUCCACGAAUCAAUUAUAAUUAUAUAUUAUACGGACGAUACGAGUGAGCAUUACAACAAAUAGUACGAAAUUCAAAUAUUCUAUAUCGUAGUAUAAUAUACUCAUAUAAUCAUCUCUCUCUCUCUCUCUCGGAUAAUAUACGCAUGUAUACAGUACAUAAAUAUGUAUAUAUAUAUAUAUAUAUAUAUAGAAUAUACUCCUAGAAAUAUUUUUGUAUCCGAAAAAUAUAGGACUGCGCUGAUUAUAAUAAUUGAUGAUGAAAUUGCAAACACGGUUCCUCUCUUCGUCGUAUCUUGACGAUCGAGGAUCAUAUACAAAGCAUAUACCUAUCUAUGUCAAACAGCAUGUACGCACAAUGAUUCUCACCCAAGGUUGUACAGUAUUUGGAUGAACUUGUUAUACCGCGGGAUCAUGUGAAGAAUAUAAUAUGUAGACACAAUUCGAACGAUCAUAAUCGAAUGAUCAUUUACAAAAUAAUUAAAAUACAUCAAUUAUUAUAGUAAUAAGAUAUAAUUCUAUUAGCAUUUUUUAACUGAUUAUAUCUCCACGCUACAUAUUUCUAUAGAUAUACACAUUCAAUUAUUCUACAAAAAAUUGAAAUAGAAACGGAGGAGAAAAAAAAAUUACAAGUUUCGAUUAAGAAAUUAUUUCACGAUAUACUAUAUACAAUGUAAUUUGAUAGGAUCCAUAUAAUUGAAUGUUUCAUUUAUUUUAUUCCCUCCUCCCCCCAUAACUUGCGCAUAUCUAUGCAGUCGUUAUGGAUAUACAUACAUAUAUGUGUAUUGUAUUACAGUAUAUUAUUUACAAGUGUUAUAUCUUAAUGAUAAUAUGUAAACAUGAUGCUACUAUAUAUAUAUAUACACAUACUAUAUUUUAGUAAAUCAAUUUUUUGGACAAUUAUAUAUAUAUAUAUAUAUUUAUAUAUAUAUAUAUAUAUUUAUAUAUAUAUAUAUAUAUAAAAAAUUUGAAAAAAUGUAAUCAUAAUAAUGAUAAUAACAUUCGAGGAUACGAAUGAGUGGUAUACAUACAACGUGUGAAAUUACACAAAUAUUAUAUUAUGUGACACGUAUGUAUAUGAUCUCAGAGUAUGAUAUGAUUACGUAUUUUUUCCACAAAAAUUCAAUAAUUAUUGCCUAAUAUUACAGAGUUAAAGAAAGAAAGAACGGAAGAAUAACUUUCCGUGUUUUAAAUUUUUUAGAUGAUAAAUAUCACAGAGACGAUAACGCAACAAUAACGACGAUAACAAUAAUAGUAAUAAUUUCGAUUCGGUGUAGUUGUACGUAUUGCAAAUACCUACGUAUAUUAUUAGAUUAAAACUGGUAGCUGUUGAUUUUCAAUUGAGAAGUAAGUGCUAGUCUUAAAAUGAUAUAUCGCAUGUACGUACGUACAUACGUACGUACGUACAGAUCAUGCGUCUACUCUACGUACGAAAUAAUAAUUUUUACUUAUUACACGCGUAUUUCUAUUUGCCAUAAAUAUCAUAUCUGUUACAAUUAAAUAUUAUCGACUGUAAUAUUACAUAUUGCGGUAUCCUAUACUUUAAGUUUUCUAUUGUGAUCUUCUUUUUCUUUUCUAAGUAGAAAUAAAUAAAUAGGUAGAUGAAUAAAAGGAAAGAUAAGUGAAACAAAUCGGUCUCUGGGAACGUUAGGCAUUCGCGAAUUGAAUCUUUUUAAUUCUUUUAUAUAUUAUCGUGAAAUUCAUUGUUCUAUACAAUUACAGAAUUUGAUUAUCGUUAUUGUUACUGUCGUUUUAUCGUCGAUCAAUCAUCUCACUAUACCCCAUCAUUACUGUAUGAUCGCCAUUGACGAUUAACCCGCGAUUAGUCGAUAGGAUACCGAAUUGAAUUUAUUUUAAAUUUGCAUCUCCGAUUCCUCGAUUCCUCUUUAUUACUAUUAUUAUUACUAUUAUUACUACUACUACUUUUAUUAUCGUAGAGUAAUAAAUGUAAUUAUUUAGAGCAGACAUUAUACAUAUAGUACAUAUAGAUUUGAAUAUAUUAAGUAUAAUAUGAUGAAAAUUGCAUCCGCGAAAAUGAUAAUAUUAUACCAAUGUCGCACUAAAAAAAAAAUCUGUUACGUAAAUUUUUACAUCACACAAUUGUACCUCCCGUAUAUAUAUUGUAGAUUAUAUAAUAUAUUGUAUACGAAUAUAUUAUAUAUAUGUACAGUUUUAAUGUUUUAUAUUAAAGAGAAAAAAAGUAAAAAAAAAAAAGGGAAAGAAAGAAAAAAGAAUAGAGAAAAUCGAAGACAAAACUAAUGAAGGAAAGAAAUAAUAACAACCAAUCAACCAAAACCAAGCUGAUUUUAAUAAACAGCAAGCAACUGGCAAGCCAAUGUACUAAUGCAUAUUUUGUAAUUAUCAUUGUUUUUUUUUUAAUGUUUGUAGUUAUUAUUAUAAUUAUUCAUAUAGAAAUAUAUUAUUGAUAAUAUUAUCUAAUAUUAAAAUGAUAAAUUUUUUGUUUCUAAUAAAAGGCUGAUUGGAAGCCAAUACAAUUGA